UCUUGCUCAUUUUCCUCUUCUUGCAAUUCCAUUCCAUUAUUAUAGGAAGAAGAAGGAGAUGGGAAAUUGUCAAGCAAUUGAUGCUGCAACACUAGUGAUACAACACCCAAGUGGCAAAACAGAGAAAUUUUAUUCUUCUCUUAGUGCUAGCCAAGUUAUGAAAAUGAAUCCCGGUCAUUGUGUUGCUCUUCUCAUCUCCACCACAGUAUAUCCAAACAAGGACAUUCAAAAUUGCUCCAAAAAUAAUAAUGGUGACACCAAAACCAACCAAGUUCGAUUAACUCGCAUAAAGCUUCUUAAACCUAAUGAUACUCUAAUUCUUGGUCAUGUUUAUAGACUCAUCACAACUCAAGAGGUUAUGAAGGGCAUAAGGGAAAAGAAACAAGCAAAGAUAAAACAGAACAUGUCUCAUAAACCUGAUUUGGUGAAGACAACUUUGGGGUUAGAAAUGGAGAAAAAAGCAAAGAGGUUUGACACAAAGGACAAUAAGGCUACCAAACCGGAAAGAUCUCAAGGAAGGACCACAUCAACUAAUAAUGCUGUCAUUGUCACAGCUAAGACAAGAUUCUGGCAACCAUCUUUACAGAGUAUCUCAGAGAUAGCCAGCUGAGAGACAGAGAAGCAAGCAAAGAAACUCUUAGGACUAAAAUCAGUCAAUAACACAACUCUUCCAUCAAUGAUUGCUAAGUCAUGUUUGGAAAUUAAAUAUAGUAACAUUGAGCUUUAUUUAAGUGAGGCCAGAAACAACUCAGAGAUGAUAAAUUUGUCUUAUGGGUCCAUUUGUUUAUAGAGACAUCUUAUAUCAGAGUUAAUGUAAUUAGUAUUACUCUAAUCAAAUCAACUUUGUCAUCACAAAUUA